AUGCCUGAGUCCAGCCCCGAAAAGAAAGGCGGCCGGUCCGAGGACCUCACACCUGGUGAAAGCAAGAUGCUACUCAUGGGUAUUCUUUGCUCUGGUAGUGCCAAGGUCGACUUUGAGAGACUUGGAACCUUGAUGAACACGAAGCGCGCCUCCGCCUCAACCAUGCACAAUCGCGCCCUUCGCAAGCUGGAGAAGGUCUACGGUGUCAACGCCCAGGGAGGCACGAUCAAGUCCGCUGUUAAUACCCCUGUCAAGACCCCUGCCAAAAAGGCUGGUGGCCAGAAGCGCCGCAAAAAGAACCAGGACCCUGAAUCAGAGUCGGAGCCUGAGCCCGAGCUCGAGCUCAAGAACGACUGUCCAGAAGAGGCUGAGGAGGAUGAUAUGCUUGCCUAUCAGACUGAGCCCACUGAUUAA